AACUCGCCAACUACAUUUUUUGGGCUAAAAACUCGCCAACUAAGCAGAAAGCGGCCGCCGCUGAGCCCUUCUCUCUUCUUCCUAUAUGGAAGAACAAAACAAAAAGAAAGAACAACUUGCCCUCUCCUUCUCGCUUGUUUUCCAGAAGAGAACGACUCGCCUCCUCUUUGUAAACACACGGCGCCUCUCUCUCUCUCCCUCGUGAAUCCCUCCACCUCCUCUAAGACGAAAGAGAAAACACGAGGAGCCUCUCCUUUUCCUUUCACCGCCGAUCUCCUAUCCUCUCGAUCUGCCGCCGGUGACUCAAAUCUAGGUGAGGAGGAGAAGGGAAAGGAAGGAUCCGCUGGCGAUGAAGGAAAAUCCACCACUGGAGAAAGAAAAGAGGAGAUCUGGGUACCUAGGUUUUGCAGAAGGCAGAGAUUUGGCUGAGGAAGGCUCCUACCACCACCAUCAUCAGUUGACAUUCACGAUCAAUUUGGCACUCCCAUUGCCUAUCAUCUUCUUCCUGUCGCCUCUCCUCAGCUUCUCUAUUGGGGGAACUCAUGAUGCAUAAAAAGCUUGAUGAAAUGUAGAGGGAAGUACGAAAUUGUGAUAAUGAGAAGAAGGUUUAAUGGUUGGGAUGUGUAGAAUGGCAAAGUUUAGCCUCCAUUUAUAGAAACUAGCC